AUGGCUCUUCCGAACAAUUUUACUGUGCUGGACUCUGGCGGUGGCGGCAGUACGAUCAGAGAACUUGCCUUGGCUGCCAAUGUGGCCUACCUUACCCCGUACUACCUCGUUCUAAGGAAAGAAAACGUCUCAGCUUCGAAGGAUGUAAUAGCUGUUUCGGACACCAUCUUCAAGCGAGGAGCCGAUGCUCGUGCUCUCCUCGGCUUGCCAGCGAAUGGAAAAGCCACUAUUACGCCUGCUGGGAUUCCAGCGGGGACCCGAGUAUUCGUGCAGAGUUCUAGCCAUAAUCGAAAGAUUCCAGCCAACUCUCAAGUACUCUUGCAGAUUGCUGCCGACGGGGCGGCUGUCAAUGCGGAUUCUCCUCCUGCGCCGGCUCCUGCACCGGCUCCUGCGGCGGCUCCUUCCCCUGCUCCAUCCCCAGCACUGGCACCUCCAGAUACUAACCCUCGGCCCAGCAAGCAGGCGAAAACUGGCGACAAUGUCAAUGAUGGCAACGACCAGGACACUAUUGUGGACGACGACGGCACCAACCUGGGCU